GUGACAGAUUAGAAUUUUGUUGAGUUUUGUUUACAAAAAUGAAAUCAAUAAUUUUUGUAAAAUUAUAAAUGAAAAUGCUUACUAAAAUUCAUCAACAAAACGUUAAUGGAAUUCCCUUAACAUUAACCGUUGAACCUAAGAGUGAAUGUCCAAAGUCUAGGAUAUUUACAAUAUUUUUCAAGAAAAAGGAGAACAAGUCAUCGUUUUCAAAAUUUUCUCUUUUUUUAGCUGUAAUAUUCAAUAUUUUAUCUAUUUUUUACAUUCGUAUUAGUUUAAACGCUAUAUUAAUUACGGUUAUUGUGCUGUCGUUUCUACUAGUUCUAUGGAUUACACAUAGCGUUCAAUCAGAAAGUAUAGUGGUGAUCCCAUCAGUUGGUAUCCAGUGCUCUGUGAAGUAUGUGUAUGGGAGAGAAGACACUUUUGUGCCAUGGAAUACUAUAGAUGAUGUUAUCAUCAAUGAAGUCAUCAAAUUAAAUAGAGUCCUGUACUUCCUUACAAUUCUAGUCAAGAGUGAUACUGAGCCUGGAGGGAUAAAACUAAUUCCUUUGUUCAAGUAUACUAAACCCAGGUUGGCAAUGAUUCAAGCUAUCUACACAGAGUUCCAAACCUUACUUACUGAAGAAUUGGCUCAACUUGGAUCAGGUGACACUGGAUGACUUUAUUAUCUUAAUCAUUAGGAUGCAAUAAUUGAAUUAAUGUUACAAAGUUAUUAUAGAAUGUUAAAAUGAAAUGGUUACUUCCGUUUUGGAAAAGAUAAUUAGUCCAAUGUUUCUACUAUAUUAGGUGUAGAUAUUUAUAACAUUCCAAACUCUAUUUAAUUAUAUUUAUUCCCUAACUAACUAUAUGGUUAUAAUUAAUGGUAAGGGUGCAUUUUAAAUAAAAGGUAGAAAAUAA